AUGCCAAUUGGAGCUGACGCAAUUAAAUCCAAGGCUCGGCUGCUGAAGCGCAACAGCAUCCUGACGUCAUUCACCGUGAUCUGCCGUUUUGUGGAAAAUUACGAGGAGGUAAACGAUGCUGCGGAAGUGUCUUCACGGCUAGAAAGACUAGAGAAAUUGUGGGACGACUUCCAUGAUACCCAGACGGAAAUAGAAAUCAACGACGAAUCGACCGAAACAGCAGAUCAACACUUUAAGGCUAGGGUAGAAUUUGAAACGCAGUUCUACAAGAAUGGCUCUGAGUUGCACAAAUUGGUCGAUACUUUUGAGCGAACAGUUAAGGUACUCAAGCAGUUGGGCGAGCCUACGGAGCAAUGGGAUACUCUGCUGAUCCAUCUAUUAACUCACCGAUUGGACAAGAAAACACACCGUGACUGGGAGGAGUUUUGUGCCGAUAAGGACGAUGAAACUACCGACAUGCUGAUAUCGUUCUUGCAUCGAAAGGUCAAUGUCCUGCAAGCAGUUAUUGAAGCUGGGAAUGAUGACGUCACCAUCACCAAGAAGCCGCAGAAGACGGUUCGAGUUGGAAGUCAUGGAGCCUUUCAACAGCCGCCAACCUACAAAUGCAUAGCCUGCCCAGAAACUCAUCCAUUGUUCAGAUGCCCAGCCUUUGGACAAUUAGCAGCUGAAGACCGAGAGCUGCUUUUGAGGAAGCAUGCCCUCUGUUGUAAUUGUUUCCGGAAAAACCACAUCGCAGCCGAAUGCAAGUCUACUGGAAGGUGUAGAGCUUGCGGAGAACGACAUCACACUCUGGUUUGCCUCAAAAAACCCAGUACUGGACCAUCAAGAGGAAUUGCCGAGUCCAGCUCAUACCGCCCGAGGCCACCACCGAACCACAACUCAUCGCAGGCAACCGUUGCUGUUAGCUCCGAGCCAGUAAGCCUACCAGCAGUUUCGCACACCGAUACGAGAGUUCUUCUUGCCACAGCCGUCGUUCUUUUAGUCACCGAAAAUGGGGUAGAGAUACCGGUCCGUGCCCUGCUAGAUUCCGGGAGCGAGUGCCACUUCGCGACGGAGCGCCUUCGUCAACUACUGAACCUCCGAAGAGAACGAGUGAAUCUUCCAAUUUUGGGUAUUGGUCAAACCAACACUCACGUCCGAUCCAAAAUAAGAGCCAAACUGAGAUCCCGCAUCUGCAACUUCGAGGCUGCCAUCGAGAUGUUAGUACUGCCGAAAGUCACCAUGGAUUUGCCAGGAGUUAGCCUUUCGCCGAACAAUUGGAAUAUUCCACCCAGCAUCCAAUUAGCCGAUCCAUCUUUUCAUGAUUCCAACCCGGUCGAUUUAAUCAUUGGGGCAGAAAUUUUCUUCCACGUUUUCGCUGUUCCUGGUCAAAUUUCCCUGGGUGAAGGCUUACCUCUCCUCAUCAAUUCUCGUUUGGGCUGGGUCGUCUCAGGUCGAGCAACGAAAUCCACCACCACUUCCCCUCGUCUAUGCAGCGUUGCUCGUGUACAAAAUCUGGAGAAAACAAUAGCGCGAUUUUGGGAAAUCGAAGAAGGAGGAUUCGAAAACCGAUAUUCCGUGGAAGAAGCCGAAUGCGAACGUCAUUAUCUCCAACACGUUUCUCGCCAAGCCGAUGGUCGAUACCUAGUUAAGCUGCCGACAAAGCCCGACGUUCUUGCAAAACUAGGUGAUUCUAAGACAGCCGCCGUAAGAAGAAUGCACCAAAUCGAACGAAGGUUUUCCAAUGAUCCAGUACUAGCCGCCGAAUAUCGCAAGUUUAUGGACGAGUACGAGUCUUUGGGUCAUAUGGUUCAAGUGAACGACGACAUCGAUCCAAAUGUACCCAACUACUAUUUACCCCACCACCCUGUAGUAAAGUCCAGCAGUUCCACGACUAAGGUGAGGGUCGUGUUUGACGCCUCGAACAAAACCCCAGGAGGACCCUCUCUCAACGAUGCAUUACUCGUCGGACCCACUGUCCAAUCUGAUCUCCGUUCGAUUGUAAUGCGCUCCAGAACUCAUCCGAUAAUUUUGAUUUGCGACGUCGAAAAAAUGUACCGACAGAUUUCCGUCGCCGCCGAAGAUUUGCCGCUCCAGCGAAUCGUGUGGAGAAAGUUUUCCGAUCAGCCCCUUCGCACCUACCAGCUCACCACCGUGACCUACGGCACAGCUGCCGCUCCAUUCCUAGCCACACGCACUUUGAAACAAUUAGCCUUAGAUGAGGGGUCUGAGUUCCCAUUAGCUGCCCAGGCAGUUGAAGUCGAUUGUUACGUUGACGAUUUGAUUACCGGUGCUAAAACCACAGUCGUAGCUCGAGAGUUGAUAACGCAACUCAUAGCCUUGCUGGAAAGGGGUAAAAUGAACCUCCGUAAGUUUGCCUCGAACAAUCAAUCCAUUUUAAAAAAUAUUCCCCCUGAAAACCUUGCCGUUCUACCAACUAUUGAUUUUGACCGUGACGACACCAUAAAAACUUUGGGGCUUGUUUGGGAUUACAAAGCAGAUUGUUUUCUUUUCAAGAUUCCCACAUACACAACACAGGAAAAACCUCUGACGAAACGCAGUGUUCUCUCCCGGAUCGCUCAACUGUAUGAUCCUUUAGGGCUUGUAGGGCCUGUUAUCACAUCUGCCAAAUGUUUUAUGCAGGAAUUAUGGUGUCUCGAAAGCGAAUCUGGAAAACCCUGGGGUUGGGAUGACCCGUUGCCUCAACAAGUGCAGGAGAGAUGGGUCAACUACGAAAAGCAACUACCGAAUCUAAACCAGCUGAAAAUUGAAAGAUUUGUGCUCAUAAAUCAUCCAAAAUCUGUCCAAAUCCAUUGUUUUUCGGAUGCAUCGGAGGUGGCAUAUGGGUGCUGCCUGUAUAUACGGUCAGAGAAUUCAAAAGGCAAAGUCAAAAUUUCCCUCCUAUCAUCUAGGUCACGUGUGGCUCCUCUUCGCAAGAAAAGCAUUCCCCGCCUCGAGCUCUGUGGAGCACUUCUUUCUUCCGAACUGCAUGCAAAGGUCGAAUCUUCAUUGAAACUGUCAGCACAAACAUUCUUUUGGACGGAUUCAAGCAUCGUAUUGCAGUGGUUGAAUGCUUCUCCUGGAACCUGGCACACAUUCGUCGCAAAUCGGGUGGCGAAGGUACAGCAGCUGACAAAGAACUGUCGGUGGAAUCACGUUAGUGGAGUGGAGAACCCUGCCGACCUAAUUUCGAGAGGCAUCUCACCAGCGGCAAUAAUCGAAAACGAGUUGUGGUGGAAGGGUCCGAGGUGGUUGGCUCAGCCCGAAUCGAGUUGGCCGAUCAACAUCCCAAUAGAAAUCUCCGAUGAUACCAGCUUAGAACGCAAAGUAACUGUUGCGACGGCAGCUUUGCAACCCGAAUCCGAUGAGUUCCUGGAUCGAUACCUCUCACAUUUUUCCGAAUUUCACACAAUGCUACGUUGCACUGCCAUUGUGCGAAGGUUUCUCCGACAUCUCAGAUGCAGAAAGGCUUCCGUCGAUAGUGGACCGUUAUCGUGCACCGAAAUCAGAUCCGCUGAGCUGCGAAUUGUUUCUUUGGUUCAGAAACAAAUAUUCCCUUCCGAAUUUACAAAUUUGACCUCCGAUAAACCUGUCCACCGAUCAUCACCCCUACUAUGGUUGAAGCCCUUUAUCCGUCCGAGCGAAUCUGUAAUUCGCGUGGGUGGACGCUUACAACAUUCUUGUGAGCCAGACGAUGCAAAACACCAACUUAUCCUUCCAUCCAAACAUCGGUUCACACAGCUUUUAUUAGAAUCCUUUCACCUACGUCUCCUCCAUGCUGGACCACAACUACUUCUCAACGUUGUUCGCCUACGUUAUUGGCCUUUAGGCGGACGCAAUUUUGCUAGAAAGAUUGUGCAUCGAUGUGUAACCUGUGUCAAAGCUAAACCAAACUUCAUCCAGCAACCGAUGGGUGAUUUACCCAAGGCACGAGUCACGGAAUCCAAACCAUUUACAUCAUCUGGAGUAGAUUUUUUUGGCCCUGUUUGGAUUAAACCUGCACAUAGAAAGGCAGCACCUGUGAAAGCGUACGUUGCCGUUUUUAUAUGUUUCGUCACACGGGCAAUCCAUCUUGAACUUGUUGCAGACCUUUCAACUGCAAAGUUCAUCCAGGCUCUACGCAGAUUCAUUUCCCGCAGAGGCAAUUGUCGGGACAUCUUCAGCGAUAAUGGGACUAAUUUCGUUGGGGCUCGCAACGAACUUAAGGAGUUGAACCGAUGGAAAGCAGAUAAAACCCAUAACGAUCUCAUCGCCAAAGAAUGUGUGCACAAUGGAAUUGAGUGGCACUUUAUUCCUCCCCGAGCACCCCACUUUGGCGGCCUGUGGGAGUCCGCCGUUAAGUCCUGCAAACACCACCUCAUCCGGGUUCUCGGCACGAGUGCUCUCGCAUAUGAUGAUAUAGUCACCCUUCUGUGCCAAAUUGAAGCUUGUGUAAAUAGCCGUCCGAUUCUCCCCUUGAAAGAUGAUCCCUUGGACCUCGAACCCCUUACCCCAGGUCAUUUUUUGGUCGGUUGUUCUCUUAAGGAAAUCCCAGAGGAAGACUAUACCAAUAUCCCGCAAAACCGACUUAAAAUGUGGCAAUUAAUUCAACAAUUGAAGCAACGAUUUUGGGCUCGUUGGCACACCGAAUAUUUGAACCAUUUGCAGAUGAGGACAAGGUGGAACAAGGCGCCGACGAAAUUGCGAGUGGGUCAACUAGUUGUACUUCGAGAGGAUAACGUAGCACAAAUGAAUUGGCCAACCGGCAGAAUCACCGAACUCCAUCCGGGGCCAGACGGAGCUGUGCGCGUUGUUUCGUUACGAACUGUGAGUGGAGUAUGCAAAAGAGCAGUUAAUCGGAUCGCCUUGCUACCAGUCACCGAUAACAUCGAUGAACAGCAGAAUGAUCAACCGCAGGUGACUGAGAGUACACCUGAAAUUUCUUCACGUGCUGAAAUGGGAUUUCAGGGGGUGGGAGAAUGA